AUGAAGGCAUUCAAAGGCUACUUCGCUCCGGGGACGAAGGAGGAGAAAGAAGCGAAGAAGGCGAAAAUGUCGAAGCAGACAAAGAUGAGGAAGAUGACGAAGAAGAUGAAGAAGUCUGAAGCACCAGCACCACCAGCAGAGAUGGAAAUGCAUACAACAGCUACAUUGGGUUCGCCAAUGUCAGGAUCUUUUAUUGAUCGUUCGCAAACAUCCUCCAUAUAUCCGGAAGGUGAUUUUCGAAAUGGUCUUGAAGCGAAUGUUAAGACUUUCAAGGCCGGUGUAGCUGUCAGUUGGUUACAUCAACAACAAAUGGAAAAGAUGUGGAUUACUGGAGGUCCAGGAGAAGGUAUUAUCUUGAAGAAGGCGAAGGGUGACUUCACUUGCUGUCCAGACUCCCUAAAGACGGACCCGUCAAGGAUCUUUGAUCACAUCGUAGCAAUGAACGUCAAAUCUGCCAUGACCGUUAAUACUCGCAUGAUCAAAACUUUUCUCGAUCAUCAGCACGCUGAUUACAUUCCUCUUUCGAAUAAUCUUCGCCUCCAAGUCCUUCCUACCACCGAAGAUUUAAUCCGAUGCAAGAAACAUCACUUUGGUGCUUUCAUUCAAGAUCAGAAGAUUCUAGUUGUCUGGGCCGAUGAACCCAAACAACUAAUUGACCGAGUCGAGAUUAUCGAGAGUUCUUUGUUAGAAAUGAUAUGGGCCGAAGAUGAAGCCGCAGUCGACGAGAAGAAGGACGGAGUACAUCUAUCUACUUGUAAUUUGGGAAGCGGAGCUGAUGUCGAGGCUGGUAAUGGAUUGAAUGAAAAGAGACCAACACUACUCAUGAAUCCACUCAUGGUUGGUGCAACCCUGUGUCUUCUCAUCGCCGCUCUUGGACUCGGUUGGAAAAAGAUUGCUCUUCAAAUUGCCGUGGAUGGGAAGUUCGCUCGAUUGGCUUUACUUGUUGUCACUCCCUUUCAAAUUUUUGUAUCGCUUUUCUUCAUGCAGGUCAUCAUCGUCAAUAUCGCUCAAUGCUUGGGACCAAUCAAUUACUUGAACAUCAACUCCAAGUUCUACUCCGGCCAGGCUCCUCGGCGCCUCGAUCGAAAUAGCCGAGACCUUCCUCAUAUUACGAUUCAAAUGCCUGUCUACAAGGAAGGUCUUUCCGGUGUUAUUGAGCCCACUGUCCAUUCUCUGAAGGCCGCUAUCUCCACCUAUGAGCUCCAAGGCGGAACUGCAAACAUUUUCAUUAAUGACGAUGGUAUGCAAUUACUUACUGAAGAACAAGCUUCAGCUCGCCGUGAUUUCUAUGAUGAGCAUACCAUUGGAUGGGUCGCGCGUCCUGGACACAACCCCAAUCCCGAGAUUGGUGAACGGGCUUUCCUUCGUCGUGGAAAGUUCAAGAAGGCUUCGAAUAUGAAUUACGCUCUAAUGGUCACCAAUAAAGUCGAGGAAAGACUUCUCACCAUCCCUCGUCAUGAUGCUUGGUCUCAAGCCGAGGAAUAUGUAGCCUACGAUCAAUGUCUGGCUCGAGUCAUAGAGGAGGAACAAGGUCGUGCUUGGGCUGGGGGUAACAUCCGUGUCGGUGAUUACAUUUUGCUUAUUGAUUCCGAUACCCGUGUUCCCGCGGAUUGUCUCUUGGAUGCUGCUAGCGAGAUGGAACAAUCUCCUGAAGUUGGAAUCUUGCAGUUCAAUUCUGGUGUCAUGCAACUUACCGAUACUUUCUUCGAGAAUGGAAUUACCUUCUUCACCAACCUCAUCUACACCGCCAUUCGAUUCGCAGUCGCCAUGGGUGACGUCGCUCCCUUCGUAGGCCACAACGCCAUGCUCCGCUGGUCCGCCGUCCAACAAGUUUCUUACCAAGACGAAGACGGCUAUGAGAAAUUCUGGUCCGAAUCUCACGUCUCUGAAGAUUUCGACAUGUCUCUUCGUCUCCAGGUCAACGGGUAUACCAUCCGCUACGCCGCCUAUACCACCGAUGGAUUCAAAGAAGGUGUAUCUCUCACCGUCUACGACGAACUUGCGCGUUGGGAAAAAUACGCUUAUGGAUGUAACGAACUCCUUUUCAAUCCUUUGAGAUUUUGGUUGACGCGUGGUCCAUUCACCAAAUUGUUCAAGGAGUUUUUGGGCUCUAAUAUAAGACUCACGACUAAACUUACUAUGAUGGCGUAUAUUGGUACUUAUUAUGCAAUUGGCGCAUCGUGGAUUCUUACCUUGGCUAAUUACUUCAUCAUGGGUUGGUAUAACGGUUUCUAUGAUAAAUACUAUUUGGAUUCUUUCCAAGUGUAUUUCUCCCUCAUUAUCGUUUUCACCGCCUUGGGAAAUGUUUCAUUGGCUAUUCUUCGCUAUCGAUUAUCUGAGCGCACUUUCUUCUCUUCUCUCCUCGAGAACUUCAAGUGGCUCUUCCUCAUGUCCAUCUUCCUCGGCGGCAUCUCGAUGCACGUUUCCCAAUCCCUAGUCUCCCACUUUCUCGAAAUCGACAUGACUUGGGGCGCCACGGCCAAAGAGGUCGAAGACGUUACCUUCUUUGAGGAAAUCCCUCGGCUGCUCAAGCGCUUCAAAUACACUUUUCUCUUUUGUAUCUUGGCGUCGUUCUGCAUGCUUGUGUGCGCAUUGCUCGUCCCCUGGAAUUGGAGAAUCGAUACUUUUGUGGCGAUCUUCCCGCUGUGUACAGUGGUGGUGUCACAUUUCUUGAUGCCCAUUGUGUUGAAUCCGGCAUUGAUGAUGUUUACGUGGUAG